AGAGAGUAUAUACACAAGUUUUAAAUAAAAGCUACGAAUCACUGCAUAACAUAAUAACUACCCAUACGCCCAAGUCCUUUCACGUUUACUUUCAACGUUUCAAAGCUUCUCUUCUCCCACCGGGGAAGAAAAACAAAGAUGGAAACAGUCCAGGUGGAUCCUAAUUGCAACCUCGCCGAAGAAGCAUCUCCCGAGUUGUUGCUUCCACCAGAAUCUCCCGAUAUAACAGAUAUAUUCGGUGAUCCACAAUUAAGUCCGAGAGUUGGUGAUGAAUACCAGGUGGAAAUUCCUCCUAUGAUAACAGGAUCUGAGCAUCUACGGCUUUUGAUGGACCCUCUUGACCCAGAAGGCAUUCCUUAUCUUGCCCAUUCUUUUCUGUUAGGCUUACCUGUCCCUGUCACGUGGACCCAUGAACAAGACACUGAUUUCGAGGAUGAAGGCAAGGGAGGUCCGAGGAAGCGCAAUGAUGGAAGUAAGGUGGAUAAGUCUGUCAAAUCGAGAAAGAGCAGGGGUCAGAUUUCUAAGAGGAAGAAAAAUUUAGAACUAAGUGCUGAACAGUCGGAUGUUAGGUUGGUCGAAGAAAAAGAGUCAAAUGCUGAGAACCUUGAAUGUGGAAUGUCAAGUAAAUCUAGCUUAUUUCGACCAUGUGAAGGUAAAAGGUCUCAUCUAAUUCCAGGUUCAUCAGGUUAUUCCUGGAGUGAUACAGAUGUGGAUGGUUUUCUUCUUUGUUUAUAUAUAUUUGGAAAGAAUUUUAGGCUGAUAAAACAAUUCAUUGAAGGCAAGGAGAUGGGGGAUAUAUUGUCAUUUUACUAUGGGGCAUUUUAUAGGUCUGACAGAUACUGCAGAUGGUCAGAUGGCCAAAACAAACGAACUCGAAGAAAUGUUUAUGGACGGAAAAUCUUUACAGGCUGGAGGCAGCAGGAACUGUUGUCUCGGUUGCUCACCCAUGUCCCAGAAGAAUUACAAAAUGAUUUUCAGGAGGUCUCUAAAUCAUUUGUGGAAGGGAGAACUUCACUUGAAAGUUAUGUCUUUGAUUUAAAGAAUAGUGUUGGCAUAUGUGCUCUUGUAGAUGCUGUAGGUCUUAAUAAGGGGAAGGCAGAUCUUACAGGCAUGGCCAUGGAACCUCUGAAGACCACUCAAGUUUCCUCCGAAAUACCAUCUGGGAAGGCUUGUUCAUCUCUUACAUCGGGAGACAUCAUCAGGUUUUUAACUGGAGGCUUUAGAUUGAGCAAAGCUCGAUGCAAUGAUAUUUUCUGGGAAGCUGUUUGGCCACGCCUGCUUGCAAGAGGGUGGCACUCCGAGCAACCUAAGAAUCAGUGCUCUGUCAGUUCCAACCAUGACCUAGUCUUUCUUAUGCCUGGAGUGAAGAAGUUCUCAAGAAGAAAACUCAUCAAGGGAAAUCACUACUUUGAUUCUGUUAGUGAUGUUUUGAGCAAAAUUGCAUCUGAACCGACGCUUAUCGAGCUUGAUGCUGAAGGAAACGGUAUUGGGAGCUGCAAUGAAGAAAAUGGAUGCCUUCCAGGAGAGUCAUCGGAUGAGGACGAUUCUCCUAAUCAUAAGCCUUGUUAUCUCAAGCCCCGAGUAUCCAUUUCGAGAUCAAACCAUAUGAAGUUCACAGUCGUUGAUUCCAGUUUGAUACAUGGAGGAAAAGCAUCUAAGAUGAGAGAACUGAAGUAUGCACCAAUUGAUUUGAUGUUUGCUUCCAAGCUAAUGCAGAAGGAUGCUCAAGAUUCGCGGAAGGUAAAUUCUAACUGCAUGCUGUCAAAAGGUGACAAGUGUGCUACUAAUGCUUGCCAUCGUGAGGGGAAAAUAGCUAGCUCUACUACAAGCCACAGUAAAUUCACCAUUGUAGAUAGCAGUUUGCUCCAUGAAGGAAAAUCCUCCGGGGUAAGAGAACUCCGAUGUUUACCCGUUGAGCUUGAAAUUUCUUCCAAAGUUAGCAACUCUUUAGGAGGAGAUGAAGACAAUUCAAGUGAUGAUUCUUCCAAUGAGCACGAGCAAAAGUUUACUGAUAGACUAUCGAGUCAUGGUUCAGUUGCCAUGGAUACAAAGCCUGGUAACAAGCCAUUUACUGCUAGUAAUUUGUUGAAAGGCUAUAAGAACAAUGGUAAGGGUAAUUAUGACAAUGACAGUUCAAAACGAGAGCCGAAGGUCUCGUGUAUUGUAGACCGGGAUUGAUGAUUCACCAGGAAAGAAGAUCAAUACAUUAGAAGAUACCAGGCCAAAGCAGAUAAUA